GCUCGUUUGUCAAAACCAUAAAAAGCUUUUCACACCACCUAUCACAAGCACUGCAUAUGUUUUUAAGGUUUUUCAUCGGUAACAGAAAAAAAAUCGGGCCGUGGAGGUUUACGUAUGCAAUUUGAAGUGGUUUUUAUGCUAAUAAAACGCAAGAUUAUUGUUUAACGAUAUAAUUUGCGUAAUAAAUUAUGUCCAAUAGUGAGUUGACACCGAAGGAUUCGCUGGAUUCAUUCGGAUGAUUCCUGGUGAGCUGGAUCAUCGACAUCUAUGGAUGAUUCUGAUUUACGUCGCGUUCCAGUAGGGUAAGAUAAUGUACAGGUAAUUCAACGGUAAGAAUGUUUAGAUUAAUAAUAAUUCACAUUUUGAUGCGCAGAUAUUAGGAUUAGAGGGUAUUCAACGUAUAAAAAUGAUCAUGAGUUGAUGAUAAAUGAAUAAAAUAGCUAGUAGAUAUCCAAUAAUACAACGACAAAGGGGCAAACAUUGAUUAGGCAUAAGCAUUAUGGUAUUUGUAUCAUUCCAAAAUUACAGUUGAGAGACGCCGUCGUUUCAAUAUCAACGAUAAAAUCAAGGAGCUAGGUACGCUUCUGCCACGCAAUAUCGAAGGUUCCAGCAGUGACAUCAGCGGUAAAGAUGGCAGAGUUAACAAGGGAACCAUCCUCAAAGGUACGGUUGAUUAUGUCAAAGAAUUGAAGCAGGAGGUUAGCGCUUUGCGCCGAAAUGGCGAUCUGCUGGUUGCGAUCAAGAACGAAAACAUCAUUCUGCAACAUAAACUAGCGGUAAUGUAUAGGGUUUUGGUAAGCCUAAUGGCAUUAUUUAGCUAUAAGUAUUGAAAACGAACCUCAGAAAAAUAUGAAUGUUUUGGGCAAUAUUUCUUAGUUUUCAGCAAAUAAUUUUUGUUUUACAGCUGUUCAGACGCGUAAGUAUUCACAAACAUCUAUGAUUUAACAAGAUUGAAUUUUUAAAUUUGUUGUUUUUGAAUUGACAGUGUUCGCUUGGAGGGAGGAUUCCAUCCUGACUAUAGCCGAAGGUCGACGCACAGCAGGCACCCACGAAACAGGGUAUCGUACGGGUAAAAUUCUAUCUGUACGUUGAGAUGUGCGAAAACAAUUUGCAGCUUGAAAAUCACGUUAAAAGGCUGCAGAACCUACGUAAAGAGCUGACUCACAUCAAGGAUACCGAUUGGCAGUACGAGUCGAUGGAUAAAUUUUUCGGGCAAAACUAGUGUGGGUUGAACUAUUGUAAUUAUUAUUGGUGACAGAAAAUAGGCUAAAAGAAAAAAAAAACAGUUGAACAUAUCUGAACCGGAAUUCUGAAGUGGCGAACUCGCAAAAAUGUUGCGUUUAAUGGGAAAAGUUAUGAUGGACCUGGUUUCCACCAUUGGAGGCCAGAAAGAAUCUGAAGCGGAUAAAAUAAAACGGUUGGAGGCAUUGAUAGAGGAUAAGGACGAAAAGGAAGACGCAAAUGAAAAACUGCAGUUAGAGGAGGAGAACAAAAAAGAAGUACAUGCAACAAAUUGUUUUGCACAAACGGGUUUUGUAACAAGCAUAGAGGCCAAUUAUAUUGUCAUCGAUACGACGCUAAACGUGGAUAAGAAGGUACUGCAGGCAUGUCCUUUUCAACACCAGCUGGAAGUGGGGUUAAAAGUAUCGUACUUGGCGUAUAAAGCCCCGGAGAGUGAAUCUAUCAAAGUCAUCAAAUUGGAAGCAUUGCUGAGUGAAGUUUGGGGUGAACAGGACCAGCAAAAACAAACACAGGAAGAAGAGAACGAACAAUUGGUACACGAAAUCAAACCAACUUAUUUCAACUACAACCAGCGCAGUGAACAGGGAACAGUAAUCGCUAAACGUCGUGGUCUGUUGACCGUCGAAACUGACCAGGAUGAACAUUCGAUCGAAAUGGACAACCUCAAGCUAUCAUUUGUUCCGGAAGUCGGUGACUACGUUGUACUGGAUUGCCUUGUCCAGAUUGAUGAAACCUAUUUCGAUACUCGUGGUAAUAUUCUGGAGGUACGAGGGAUAGCCCCUACCCGAGUAGUGCAAGGGAGUGGAUUCGUAACCAAAGCUGACGCAGAGGGUGGUGAAAUACGUAGCGAUGAUGGAGUUUAUCACUAUCUUUCGGACGUAUGCGAAGCUGGUCAAGCUCCCAACCAUGGCGAUAAAGUUGUCUUCGAAGCCGUGGAAAACAGCCAGUUGAACUUCCGUUGCACUAAACUGGUGAUCGAAACGGCAGCUCCACGUACGGUUGAGAAUAACAAAGAAGAAGUGAAAUCCAAAUAUGAUGAUGACUUUUUCCUGAACAAAAGAGGAAUAGAAAUUACCGAUGACCUGGAAAUAAAGUUCGAUAACCUGAACGAACAGAAGCAGAUGGAUGUGACUAUUCGAAACGGGGGUGAUCGUCAGCACAAGAUCAUGCGUGCAAUGUUCAUGUCCAAUAAGCAAACCUCUCAAAUGCGUUUAAUACAGCCGAGAAUUAACGAUAUGACUGUUUUGAAACCUGGCGAUUCGGUCAAGUAUAUGUUUGAGGUUACUGCCAAAAACUAUGGUCUAAGUAAAGAAGUUUUCAUGUGGUCGUUUGCUGGGGGUUUCAAAAUUGCGCGGUACGUAACGGUAAUAGUUGGAGAUGCGGAUGUUAUCAACGUUCCAGUUAAAAACGAAGGAACGACUAAAGCUCGUACCGCCGCUGGUUCACACAAAUUGGCUGCUUGGAAUGUUUAUAAACGAGGAGGUGAAAUUACCCCCGGGCAGAAAAUAAGCAAACGAGCCAACUUCAUCGAUAUCAAAAUAGGUGGGUACCAAGUUCCGGAUGAGCUUAAGCAGAUCCUUCUGAACCCAUCUAUGAGUCGGAAUCAAAUCGAUGAGGAGCUGGAGCGUUCUCAGCGUUGCCUGCAGCAUCCGUUGUGUCCAGAAAACUAUAAAGCCAUAUUCAAAACAUUCCUUUGGAUGGAAGAUGUUCAGUGUGAGAUUUCCAUUGCUCGUUUCAAUGUCGAUCGAGGCCAUUUCACUCGAGAGGAUGGGUAUUUAGCUCUGCGCAUUGAAAAUGUUGCAGAGAGUAGGCCGUCGUUAAUUCCUGGUGAUAAAUUAGUUGCCACUACACCAUGGGCAAACAACAACCAUGGAUUAGCAAACGGAGCGUUUAUUCAUAAAAUAUUGAAGCACAAAAUUCUGGUUAAGUUUAGUGAACACUUUCACGAAAAGUAUAACGGAGAAGAUCAUAAGAUAACGUUCCAACCCACAAGAGGUGCAUUCCAAAAGCAGCAUCAUGCAAUAAACUGUGUAACAAGUGCGAUGGGCAUCGACUAUAUGUUUCCCACUAAAACGAACAUUCGAGAACCGUGGAUUGAUCUGAAAAUCAAUGAAGAUGGUAACUUAGCUACCAAUGAUUUUGAUAAUGAAUUUAAUUGGCACAAUCCCAUGUUGAAUCCUAUUCAAAAAGAAGCAAUUAAGAACAUUCUUCGCUCCGAAGCAAGGCCGCUCCCCUACAUUAUCUUUGGUCCUCCGGGCACUGGAAAAACCAUGACUAUGAUUGAACUGAUUCACCAAAUUGUGAAGAUAUCCGCCGAUAGUAGAAUCAUGGUAGCAACUCCUUCUAAUAGUUCCGCCAAUCUAAUAACGGAGAGAAUAAUAAAUGCCAACGUAUUACGCCCGGGUGAAUUCAUUCGUAUAGUUGGACUGAAUUAUGUAGAACAAGAGUUAGUGCCGGAACAUCUGGCACCAUACUGUGGUACGGUUGAUAUCGCUUCCGAAAGAACUGUUAAAGAUGAAGUCAUUAUAACCGAGUCAGGUUUGAAGCACAAGCUUCAAUUGAAACAUCUUGGACGGCACAGAAUCACAAUAGGAACGUGCGUAACACUCGGCACGUUGAUGCAAAUUCGCUUCCCCAGGAAUCAUUUCACACAUGUCCUCAUCGACGAAGCGGGACAAUGUCUAGAAACCGAGACACUCAUACCAAUGACAUUCAUAAACCAAAACUGCGGAACUGUUGUGCUGGCGGGUGAUCCAAUGCAGCUUGGUCCAGUGGUGAUGAGUAGUCACGCAUCUGAUCGCGGUUUCGGCACUUCUCUGUUAGUUCGUUUAAUGGAUACGCCUUUAUAUAGGACCGAUAAAACUCGCUUUCCUAAGACUGGUGGGUACAACCCUCGAUUGGUGACAAAACUACGUUACAACUACCGUUCAGUUCCAAGCAUACUCGAUAUCUAUAGUGACCUCUUUUAUGAAUCUGCUUUGAUAGCUCGAAUUCCCGCAGAAGGAAGCAAAGAAGCCAAUUUUCUUGACUUAGUUUACGAUAUCCUGCCUAUAAAGACAAUUCAACAGCCAAAAUGUGGCUUUGUUUUUUGGGGUGUCAACGGCGUUAACAAACAAACCCCGGAGAGUCCAUCGUGGUUUAAUCCAGCAGAAGCGAAAAGCGUUUUCAACAUGUUACUUAAGCUUUAUAAGAAAGGUGUUCGGCCGGAAGAUAUCGGAGUUAUCACUCCGUACCAACAACAAGCCAAAACCAUUCGAAGAAUUCUCGAAGAAAGCAAUCUUCAGAAACCGAAAAUUGGAAGCGUCGAGGAAUUUCAGGGUCAGGAACGUAUGGUCAUUCUCAUUUCUACGGUUCGUACGUCCAAGUCUCAGCUACUGAGUGACCAGCAGCACGCCCUUGGGUUCGUGGCCAGUCCAAAGCGCUUGAAUGUGGCUAUCUCACGUGCGCGAGCAUUGCUGAUCAUUUUCGGCAGCCCACAAUUAUUGUCAGCGGAUAAACAGUGGCUCAAGCUGCUCUAUAGGGCCAUCAACAACGAUACCUACUGUGGAUGUGAUCUUCCCGAUCAUUUAGCGCCUCACGCGAUUGCCAACCGGGCGAUAAACGAUGGCAAUCAUUUGGAUGAACAUUGAAGCGUUUAGGAUAAAAUAUCGAGGUAUUUCCUUUUUUAUAUUCAAGCGAUAUGAUAAAUUAAAAUACAAUAAAAAUCUACUAAAUGUAA